CUCUGGCCCCACAUGGCAAUCCCCUCUGGCUCAUUGUUAUCCCAGGUUUAUUGAGGAGUUCUCUUCUAACCCUGCUGCUUUUUUUGUGUGUGACAGACUUCUCAGAGGAAGACGAAGCACAGACACAAAAAGAAGGCACGGAAAGGUAAGCAGUCCCUGACCCCACAGCUGUAGUGGCAGACUCGGGCCCCAUGCAAAGCAGAGAAAUAGGGACUAUUCUCCCACUUGCCUCUGUUCUUCCUGCAAAGGCACAGACAUGCCCAGAGUCGUGCAAAGGCACUGGCUGGGGCUCCGUUCACACGCUGCCCCUUAAAUCUGGGGCUCUGGGGUUCUAGGAAGCAAAGGGUGACCAAGCAGCUCAAUGUCUUGUUUAUGGCUCACUUCUGGCAGCUUUUGGACACCAUGAGGAAGAGUUGGAGGAGGCUUGUGCAUCCCUAGAGACAUGCUGCUGCGUGCCCCUGGAGAAGCUCACCUUGGCUCACAGCCUCAGGCUCGUUGAGAGGAGGAUACAGUACGUGGCCAGACACCUGGAUGAAGUUCUGAUACCGUCGAGUGGGAUGACAUUUGCCAUGAGCCAGUUCUCCUAUUCCUCCAUGGACUCCAUCACCUCUUUCCCCUGGAAUCCCAGCUCAUUUUCCCUGAGAGAAGCCUCCGUGGCUCGGUCUGAGCCCCUCUACCACUCAAGGGAGAUCAUGGCUGUCACAGGUUGGGAAGGAUCCACUCAUCCCAUCCAAGACCAGCCUCUCCCCUGGCCUGCUGUCCACAGCAGACGAGACCGGCGAGAGCAGACCACGAGUCUGAACCAGACAUCAGCCCACGGUUUAGACUUCAACAUUCCACAGAAUCAUCUGCAGAGCCAACUGGGGGCACCUACCCCAUGCACAGAGUGGCUGGCCAGGAUGAUCCCUAAUGCCACUGCUCUGCGCCCACCAGACAGAGACCCCAGGGUGAAAUUCAACAUGAGCAGGGUCCCUUUCCUAAGUCAUGAAAUCCGGGGGGAGCUGGACUGUCACUUACACACAAAGAGACUCCAGCAUGAGCAGGGCUUACCCCUCACCCCCCAGAAACCUCACACAGCUCUUCUGCCUCCAACUCCACAAAUCUGCAUCCCAGGGGAGCCAUUGCUGUGUGAGCAUGAGACCAGGCAGCAAUGGGAAUUAAGCACAGAUCGUCCCAAAUGUGGAUUUCCAGCAAAGGUCCCAAAGCCCCUGAGAUCUGAUGCCAGCCCUCAGCGUGCAGAGGAGAUCCAGGAGCCAUGUGUGUGCCCUUCGGGAUCCCUGCCCCAAAAUGCCCACAGAAUCACAGAAUCCACUGAUGCCAUCCUGGCCAGGCUUUUGCCCACAGCGGUGGUCAAGCUGCAGGAUCAUGUGGCUCAGAAAUGCUUGGAGAUCCAAAUAAAGGCAUUUCCUAAGAUCAUGAGAGAGUCACACAGAAAUGCUCCCCUCCUGAGAGAGACUGCCCAGCCUGGGCCACUCUGCCCCCCUGGGGAGCCAGGGAAGCACAGGAAUGCAGCAUUCCCAACACUGGGACAACAGCCUGCCCACCCCAUCAAACUCCACCUGAGCCCUAAGCAUCUCGUCAUGCAGUGGGGGCUGCUCACCCUGGACCCAGAGCCCACGGCAAAGCUGCCUUAUUCCGUCCCAGCCAGGGGAGCUGGUGUGGAGUUCAGUGAGAUGCAGACUGAUUUCCUGCUUGAUGAAGUCAGGGAGAACUUGGGCUGGCAUUUGCAGCGGAAGAAGCUGCAGCAGGAGUGGGGUUUCCCGGAUGCCGUGUGUCAAUCCCUGCGGGCUUUCCUACCCCCGGUUCCCAAGCUGUCUUCCCUGAAGGCAAAGCCCCAGGUCCAGGUGGUUCCCAUCCUUGGGGAGCUGCUCUUCCUUGAAAGGGACGUUAAGAAGCAGCUGGCAUUCCACACUAUAAAGAUGCAAGUGCAGCAGAGAUGGGGACUGCCCAUGAGGAUCCAGGAUUCCCUGAGGAGGUUCAUGUCUCCUUUCCCAGAGGAAGGAGGCCGGCUCUCUCACCCUACGUGUGGGGCCAUAGUGACUCCCUACCUGUCACCAUUUCAGCUACGUUCCAAGAAGGCUGCGUCUAUUCAGCUGCCUCUAAGGGCCCCCAGUAAGAGGUGGCUGGAGGAUGUACAUGCCCUACCCACAGACAGAAGGCAGCAAAUGGCCAGGUCUUACUCCUGGAAGCAUCCUGGGGUAGUAGCAUCGAAAGGGAAAGAAAGCCCAGACCACCACAGCGCAUCGCAGACAGGGAAGCAAAGCACAAGCUCCUCUUGUUCCACACGUCCUCCAACGCCAGUGGAAGAUACCACCAUGGAGACGGGCAGGAGUGAUGGCGCAGCAGGAAACCAGACUAACCCAGAUCACUUCACUCUACCAGCAGAGGUGGAUCUGACAACGCCACCUCCAGGAACCGUAAUAACAGAGAAGAUGCUCGCUGUGGCACUCCUCAUUGAUAGGAGUGAGUUGAGAAAGCCCCUUCCCAGUUUGAGUGGCACCAAAGGGACUGAAGAGAAGCUGGAGCUGCACAUGGAGAGGAAGGUUAUCUCCGGAGAAGGCUCCUGCCUGAGGCCAGGGGCACAGGCUCUUGAGAGCAGGGCAGAUCUUCCCAGGAUCCAAUGCCACCAGGUUGCCCCAGAGACACCAGGCUCUGGGCAGCUACCAAGAUCCAUUCUUGACUCUCUCAUUGCUGGGCAGGCUGCACAUGACCUGCAGAUCAAGCACCUGACGGAAAUGUUGAGCAGCUCCCGCCCCUUGGUAGGCCAUGUCUCAGUCUGCCAACUGUGCCGCAAGGCACAUCCAGGAAAGAGGAAAGGUAAGAAAACUCAGGAGGAGACACAAGUAUCUGCUGAGCUGCAUGGUCUUCGAGACAUCCCAGCUCCACAUGGGUUCAAUGGAACUGUGAAUUCUGAGCUCUUCAGGGACCAGCUGCCUAUAAGAGUCUGCAAGAAGUGCCGUAAGGUUCUACAGAAGAGACCAGCUGGCUCUGCAGGUGCUGACUUGCCCAGAACGUCCCAGAGAAUUCCACAGCGAUGGACUCCAGGAGACUCUACAGCAUCAUCCAAACACAACAAGAUGCCAGUGGUGUGGCUCCUGCCAGCAGACAGGAGCAAGACGCAGGAUGGAAUGGGGAAAAGGGCUCCCACCAAGCAACCGAAGAUGGUGUCCAUUGCUACAAGUACAACAGGGCUUUUGCAAGCAGGGGAGAAAGCAACUGGGAGUCCUGACGGUUCUCCUCCAAAGCCACCAAAGGCCUCCAGAGCUAGGAUAUCAUCCCCGUCAAGGAACAAAGUUCCAGUUCUCAAACGGAUCUUAAUGUGCCUGAAGGAAACUUUCUCCAAGCUUCAAAAGAAAGUGAAAUCCCAAAUGUCCAAGGACUCUCAUUCAAGAAAACCUGAUCCUAAAUUUACAAAGCCACCCCUUUGAAAGGCAAGGGCCUCUAAGGGUGUCCGGGAGUAGUAUAAGGGAUCUACUGUCAAGCAAACCCUCACGUUACCUCUUUACCCCUUAAACUCCGUCCCUUGAGCCCUUAAACCCGGACCCCCUGUCACCAGAAUUCCCGCCCAUGGGGGGUAUUACUUCCGGAGUCAAGGCGAACACAUGACCAGAAGCAAAGUGUGUCAUGUGACCCCCUCGAAGAACUCCUCCCAAUGCCCUCUACCAAUGAGGCUCAGUUUCGCCCCUGUAGGCCUCCCCGAGAGGAGAUUUGAGUAAUCGGGGGUGUUCAAGGGUGGUGUGACCAAUCCAGAAGUGGUUCAUGUGACCCCUCUAAGAACUCUUCCCACCACCUUCUACCAAUCAGGAGGGGUUUCAGGCGCAUAGGACUGCCCCGAGAGCAGAUUUGACCAAUUGGGUGUGUUCCAGAAUGGGGUGACCCAUCUGGAAGUGGUUCGUAUGACCCCACUAAGCCCUCCUCCCACCGCCCUCUACCAAUCGCAAUGGGUUUUGGCUGCAUAGGACUGCCCUGAGAGCAGAUUUGACCAAUCGGGAGUGUUCCAUGGUGGGGUGACCUGCGCAGAAGAGAGUCGUGUUACCCCUCUAAGAACUACUCGCAGUGCCCUCUGCCAAUCAGAGUGCAGCACCAUCACCCCAUAAGUCCCAGCACCGGGGCAGAAGAGGCCAUCUUUUACCAAGAAUGCGUGCUUUAGAAAUCAUGGAAACAUGGACUCCUUCACCACCCCUGUGAGAACCUGGGACUUUAUUUUAGCCCCAAGGGCCUUUGGACUUGUGUGGAGACAGUCCAAUGAGCGUGGUGGCUUCUUGUCGUCCACCCCCCUGGAGGAGGAAGGCAAAUGCAGCUUGGGGGAGUCACCGGAGAACAAGGUGAACAGAAAAGACAUCGCUCAGGUAAAUGAAUCAUUAAGAAGUGACGGUUGAUGAUGGGAUGAAAUGGGGUUAGAAACCGGAGGGGGGGUGGAGUUUUGUAAAUUUAAAAACAAGCAGUGGGAACUUACACUGUUUCUUUUCUGAAAAUCUCUCGACAGCUCGACGAUGCCUUUGCAGAGGCCCUGGAGGCACGGACAGUGUCGCAUCAAGCAGCGAAGAUGAACUGAGCCCACCUUGUUUUUGCUCAGCGCCGAUCCAAAUUGUUGAAGAGGACUCCGAGGAUGACGGCUAGGAGGAGUUUAGGAGGAGGUUUGGCAUGGAACCAACUGAGCCAGCGUCGUGAGCAUAAAAAAGUCAUGCGGACUAUUGUACGCAUUGCUGUUUAUGCUGUCCUUAAUCACUGCCUUAGGGAAAAGAUUUCUGAUGAUUGUGAGGGCUGUGUCAUAGAUGCGCCAGCCCAAUGGUACCAUGACUGUGUGACUUGGACUUCAGUGGCUAUAAACUGCAAGCUCCGGGGCCGGUGUGCUGAGCUGUGUUUGGAAAGCCUAUUAAACACUCUUCUUCCCAUAGGUUAAGCUAUGCAAUGUCUGUGCCUCACCCAAGAACAUUUAGCGCACGGGGUGACCUUGAUAAUCGCUGUGCAAUUUAGUGCAGACCCUGACCGUGUUUGAAAGAAAAUGACCAAACCGGAAGAUGCUGCUUCCAGCGUUAUAUUGGCCGUCUAGUCUGCACAGAAAGUUACAGAACCCUGCUUCAGAAAAAGACCAGUUGUAAGAAAUCGAAAAGGAGUAAGUUAGAAAAUGGUGAGGGGACAAACAGCGACAUAAAACUUGGAAGCUGUAAAUUGAAAA